GUACUGCCAUCUCUCAGUAUGCUGUAAUGCCUGUAAGAAGGCUUUCUGUCUUAGUGGGUUUGUUGGUGGGCAUUAAGCCGUCCUAAGGAUUAUCAUCCCUCUGUCAUGCUGAACCGACCGGCUGUCCUUCGGAAAUAUGUUAACAUUAACAUUUCCUCUUUUCCGUGAGGACGAGCAGCGGGAAAACAAAGCGCUCUUCUUCCUCAACCGUUUCCGUCGUCAUGGAGACCCUCUCCGUGUACGGAAAUAGUGGUCCUGCUGAAGCUAGCAACUUUGUGAAAAAUCAAAUUAUCUAUUCAGUUGGCUCUGCGUUUGCGGCUAUCUGUUGCUCUUUGCGUGGCCUGGACUUGAUCUGGGCAGGUGGAGCGAAGUAAAGGAAAAAGGGAAAGAAGAGGAAGAGAAGGAAAUGACACUUUGUCUGUAUGAGUGUCUGAGAGCGGUCGGGCUACAGCAUCACUAUGCCAGGUUUACCUCAGUGGGUGUUUGUCGUACAGCCCACAUCUCGGUGCUCACCAUGGAGGACUACCCCCUGCUGGGGAUACACACAAUGGAGGACAGGACUCGGUUAUUUCAACUUGUCCAAUUUGUCAAAACUCUUGAUCUGGAGGGCCUUGGAUAUGAUGAUGAUGAUGAUUAUCACUAUAGUCAUGGUGGACGCGUCGAAGGCAGCACUAUAGUGGAUAGCAGCUUUUGUCAUGAUAGUGACAGCAUUUUUAAUGAUGAAGAUGGUAAUGGAGCUGCUGUCAAUAAUAUAAUUGCCAGCACUUUUGCCAGACCAUCACAUGUUCGCAGGCGACUUGAUUUCAGUAAUGAGACCAGUGAUCAUCAUCAGCGGUUGUCUCAUCCUGUUGUUCACGUUAACAUGAGGUAUGCCAGAUAUGAGGAGUCCAUUAGGAAAAAAGGAUCUGCUACCUCUGUGCAACAUCAAUAUAGGCCAAAACCCAAGCCUGCAAAUGUGACAUCAAACACAUUUAAUCACAAACCUUUGGGUCACAAAGACAGAAAAAGAACCACAAGGAAGAAAACUCUUUAUACAGAAAUGGACACUGAUGGAUGCAUGUGUAAGCCAACACCUGUUUAUGAAGCAAAGAGAACAGCUGGAUAUAACUAUGGACUACCAAUGAGUACUCCUCCUGCUCAGUGCAAACAAGCCAGGCAAGCAGAAGAGCAGCGGAUUAAGGUGUGUGUGAGGAAAAGACCACUGACAUGCACCGAGAGCCGACAAAGAGAGGCAGAUGUUGUGACAACUCCAGGUGGAGAGUGUGUGAUUGUCCAUGAAGUCAAGGAAGCCGUGGAUCUCUCACAAUACAUACUGCAGCACAAGUUCUACUUUGACCAAGUUUUUGGGGAGAAAAGCUCCAACGAAGAGGUUUAUCACCAAACAGCAUAUCCUCUGGUGCAGCACAUGCUCAAAGGAGGCAAAGUCACCUGCUUUGCAUACGGUCAAACAGGUGCAGGGAAGACUCACACCAUGCUGGGUUCACCUGCCAUUCCAGGACUAUAUGCUCUGGCAGUUCAGGACAUCUUUGCUCACCUGUCAGCCACACACUCAUACCAGCUGGUGUUUGUCAGCUUCUUCGAGAUCUACUGUGGUCAGCUGUAUGACCUCCUGGACCACAGAAAAAGGUUAUUUGCUAGGGAGGAUGGACAGAAAGUGGUUCACAUUUCAGGGCUGCGAGAUGUCAGAGUGGACUCAGUCAGCUCUCUGCUGGAGGUCAAGCAGGGCCGCAGGACAAAUUCAUCUACUUCAACACCAAAUAAAGUGUUUGAGGUUUGGAGCGUUAUGACUCAGGUGAUUUCUCAGGGUACAGCCGAGCGGACACAGGGGAUGAGUGGCGUGAAUCCACUCUCUUCUCGAUCCCACGCCUUGCUUCAGAUUCAGCUUAGAGAUUCAAACCAGCAGAUAGCUGGCAGAAUGUGGUUUGUGGAUCUGGCAGGAAGCGAAAGAGCAUCCGAUGCCAAAGAACCUGACAGGCAGAGCCGCAUGGAGGGAGCUGAGAUCAACCAGAGUCUGUUGGCUCUUAAAGAAUGUAUCCGGUCACUUGAUCAGGAACAAUCGCACACACCUUUUAGGCAGAGCAAACUGACUCAGGUUUUGAAAGAUUCAUUUGUCGGUGACUCAAUGACAUGCAUGAUUGCCAACAUUUCACCUGGUCACACAGCAACGGAGCACACACUUAAUACACUGAGAUAUGCAGACCGGGUAAAAGAGUUGAAAAGACAAGGAGGGCUGAGAGGAAGAAGAAGAAACAGAGGCAAGACAGCAGCCUCACCCAAUCAAAACCUGUUCAGCAGCACCACUGGUAGCACUGUUAGCAGUAGAGGGAAAAGUCCUCCAAAGAAGCCAAAGUUAACAAGACAAAGCGAUUCUUUUGGUCCCACAACUCCUACCACAAGGUCACCUGUGAGGAGUGCAUUUCUCUGCUCCACACCCAAGAACACCAAAUGUGGAGAGGAAGCAAAUGCGAGACGGAGGGGAGAGAUCAGACUUGAACAUAUUUCUCCAGUUAGAGGUUGGCUGAGAACAGGUGACAAAAGGCAUCAGAGAAAUGAAGCAGAUGAAUUAGGAGGGGGGAGAACAGGAAAUGACAGUUUAAAAACUAUGGAGAGACAGUCUGUUAGUCAGCAAAGCCCCAGGGCAGUGCUGGAGUCGGGACACCAGCAAAGCCCCAGGGCAGUGCUGGUGUCGGGACAACCAAAAGACAAGCGUGUAUGGAAGGUAUUCCUGAAGAUAUUUUGA